AUCGCAAACGUUUCUAAAAAAAAAGAAGCAAGUAAAAAGAAACGGUCAAGACAUAGCUAUAUGAACCUUGUGAAAAGAAACUGUACGAAUCUGCAUUCGAAGGCUAGGCACGUUCCUGCCAUCUUCCCUGCAGAGGCUCGUUUCUUUUACCGCGAUAGGACCUCGUAGGGCCGCAAUCUAUGUAGGCCAGUCGGCCUAACCGCAAUCGGAAGCCCGUAUAUCGAGUUGGCAGCCUAGAGUUAGUGGUAUCACCUUCACCGCCAAGGUCUCGUCUCCCGCUAUUUCGUUAUCAUCGUUGCCACUUGUCAUCGCGAACGAACUUGGUAUCCUUCAGUAGCGUAUUAGAUGACAACGUGAAACCAUCUACCAACGAGGCAGGAAAGUAUAUUUUCUAUCAGCGUACUUCGAGUAGCGUAUUUUGAAAAACGCACGGAAGAAUCCACAUCGAGGACGAAGAAAAGAGUGAAAGCCGAAGCAGCGACACUAUCGAUCGUUAUUAGGCUUUUAUUAGACGGAAGUAUCGCCGAUAGCUCCCGCAAAGGGAACAUCUACACAGGGGGUCGUGUUAACUUAAGUGAAAAUAUCACCAAGAGGUCCGUCAGGGGCUGACCACCUCCUUUGCCUUAAUUCCCGUACGAUCCGUCACAGAGUCUGAUCGGGCUGCUGCGAGAAACAGGAUGUUCUUUAUUCUCUCGUCCUUCGUUCCUCGUGUUUCAUCGAUUUCGACGAACAAAGACGUCCCGUUUCGCAAAGGAUAAUCAGUGAAAUUUACGUGAUCGAUGGUCGUGUAGUGUAUUUAACGGGGUAAAAGGAUCUUCUCGGGAGAACUUUUCGAUACAAUGAACUGUGUUUGCUGUCUUGUUCGAUGGUAAUGUUGCAUUACGAAAGUGUUUCGCGGAGCUUGUUGUAUACUGGAAGACGAAACUCGUUGGAAAAUUAUCGAACAAUCGUGGCUGGAAUGCAGAACGGCGUUCUACAAAUUCCAACUUCCGAAGCUUGAUAAUGGUCUGACCGGAAGGGCUUAAGCGGCACGCCGGAUGCCGCGCCGGUAUAUCGCGUGGAUAAUGAUAUCCUGCGUGUAACUACACGUCACGGCUCUGUGAACAGGAUCUGCAAAUAUCGUAGAAAUUGCGCACCAACGAAUUUCGCUACUCUUUUUUUUCUACCAACGUUUGGUACAUUUUUUGGAAACUUUUUUAUAAUCGACGAAAAUAAUAUUGUUGUCCGUUUUACAAUUUUUUUAUAUCAACGGUCGAUCGUUGAAUCGUCGAAACUGUUCGAUAUACAAAUAGGAAGAAAAAGUAAAUCAAAAUGGAGGCUCGUGAAAAGUCCACCGAAUGGGCUCUACUAUUCCCUCUGAAAGCAGGCUUAUUCGCGAUGAAGUCCUCCUUGUCUUCAAAGAGCGUGCAUCGCGAGAAGGAACAAAUAGCCAAGAAGAAUCAAUUAUUAAAGUCGAGAAUUCGCCGUGGAUCUUCUUUGUCGGACUUGGACAAGCUGCAGUGUAAACCGGUGCUACCAGAUGUGAUUAGAUCGACGGAGAAAUGCUCCGAGUCCCUUCCACAUUCGCCAGCUUUGUCAAGAGCGAACCUCCAACUGGGAAAUUUGUACGUGAGAGAUAGCAUAGGCGAUCUGAUGAACAUGAAAAGGUAUGGCGCGUCCACGUGGAGCGUUAGAAGCGAAAGUUUGAUCGCAAAAGUGGUGCCGCUGAGCACGGUGACCCCGAGACACAGUCCGCCGAUGGAAAAGAGCAUGGAGGACCUCGAGGACGAAAUGCAGGAUGAUUUCCAUGUAUCCGACAAACCUCUAACUUGUGCUCAAAGAACGCAGAGGCUCAGCAAACUCAUCAAGAAACACAGACGCAUCAUGGUCUUCAGUCCUAGAAGCCUGAAGCGAGAUCUCCUUCGCUUGAAAACGUCUGAGAGUGGUUUGCAAGAUGCCGGACUUCUUGAGGUUGAUAAUGUGGCGAUGCCAGAGUAUCAGCUGCUGGAUAGACUUAUUUUGAGAAAGACAAUUUGCGUUAGCACUUCAGUACUUCAGCAUUCAGCACUUCACUACUUCACUCCAGCACUUCAGUACUUCAGUACCUCACUACCUCAGCACUUCAGUACUUCAGUACUUCACUACCUCAGCGCUUCACACUUCAGUACUUCAACUCCAGUACUCCAACUUCAGUACCUCAACUUCAGUACUUUGGUACUUUGUUGCUUUGCUGCUUUAAUACUUUGGUACUUUGGUGUUUUGAUGCUUUGGUGUUUUGAUGUUUUGGUACUUAGUGUUUAG